GGGAACUUGACCCGUUAGUAGCCGCGGCCAUGGCGGCGCGCUUGCGGCCCUCACAGCUCCCUCCGCCCGCCGCGCGACAGUUGGGGCCCGGGUCCCCACGUGUUGGGCUGGGAGCUGUGGCACACGAAGUGCUAAGUAACACUUCGGGUCUUGCGGGCGCAGCGCGGGAGGGCGUCAUGGACAAAAGCGAUUUACCCCGGCGGGGCGAAGAAGGGUCAGAGGGCCAGCGAGGGCCAGGGCGGACAGCUGCGGCUCAGGCUCCCCUCCACAGCGCGCCCAUGGGGUCCAUGCGACUAGAGGGCAUCUCGGUAGAGGAGGCGAUGGUGACCCGGACGCAGCUGCUGGAGGAAGAGCUGAGCAGCGUAAAGGAGGAGCUGGCCCUGUGUCAGGCUGAUAAAGAAUUCGUAUGGUCUUUGUGGAAACGUCUCCAGGUGACAAACCCAGAUCUCACGCAAGCAAUCAGUUUGGUUGUGGAAAGAGAAAAACAGAAAUCUGAAGCAAAAGACAGAAAAGUUUUAGAAAUUCUGCAAGUCAAGGAUGCUAAAAUAGAAGAAUUGGAACAGAGAGAAUCAGGACUAAAACAGGAAAUAAAUGACCUUGUAAAACGGAAGGUUGCAGUAGAUGAAGAAAAUGCUUUCUUAAGGAAAGAAUUCAGUGACUUGCAGAAGAAAUUUAAAGAUAAAAGUCAAGAAGUUAAGGACACUAAGGAGUGUGUACAGAAUAAGGAAGAGCAAAACAGACUGGUUAUAAAAAAUCUGAAGGAGAAAAAUGAGAAAUUAAGUACCCACUGCGCUGACCUGCUAAAUGACCUGGAGAAACUGAGGAAGCAGGAAGCACAUUGGAGAAAAGAAAAGUAUAGCAUUGAUGCAAAAAUAAAGGCCUUUGAAGACAAUUUAAUCGAAGCAAGGAAAGAAAUUGAAGUAUCACAGAGUAAAUAUAAUGCUCUAUCAUUACAGUUGAAUAAUAAACAGACUGAACUUAUCCAGAAGGAUAUGGAUAUUACCCUGGUCAGGCAAGAGUUGCAGGAGCUGCAGAAUCUGUACAAACAGAACAGUGCACAUACAGCACAGCAAGCAGAACUGAUCCAACAGCUUCAGCUUCUGAAUAUGGACACACAGAAGGUACUGAGGAACCAGGAAGAUGUUCACACAGCUGAAAGUAUAUCAUAUCAAAAACUUUACAAUGAGUUACAUAUUUGGUUUGAAACCACAAAAUCAAGUGAAGCUAUGCUCCGACAAAGUGUUGUUAAUCUUCAGGAUAAGCUAUUUCAAAAAGAGCGGGAAAACGCUAAAUUAAAAGAAAAGCUUCAGGAGUCACAAGGAGCACUCUAUCCUUUACCUCAAGAAUGUGAUUCAGACCACUCAGAACAGGUUUCUCAGCAGCCAUCUUUAUCGAGCUUAGAAACCUUAAUGGUCUCACAGAAGUCUGAAAUUGAGUAUUUACAGGAGAAACUGAAAAUAGCAAAUGAAAAACUAUCAGAGAACAGAUCUACCAACAAGGGUUCCUCAGAGAAGAGCAUCUUGACAAGUACUGAAAGGAAACAUAAGGAACCACCUGUGAAACGCUCAAGGUCUUUGUCCCCAAAGAGCCCUUUCUUAGACUCAGAGGAGCUAAAGAAGCUGAGAAAUGCUGAAAGAAAGAUUGAAAACUUAGAGAAGGUACUACAGCUAAAGAGCCAAGAAAAUGAUGAGCUAAGAGAUGCCCAUGAAAAACACAAGGAAAGGCUACAGAUGUUACAGACCAACUACAGAGCAGUAAAAGAGCAAUUAAAACAGUGGGAAGAAGGCAGUGGCAUGAUGGAAAUCAGGAAAAUAAAGAGAGCAGAUCCCCAAAAACUUCGACAAGAAGAUUCUGAUGCUGUAUGGAAUGAACUGGCCUAUUUCAAAAGGGAGAACCAGGAGCUAAUGAUUCAAAAGAUGAAUCUUCAAGAAGAAUUGGAUAAACUUAAGGUACAUAUGUCUGUUGAUAAAGCAACAAUACAAGAAUUGAAUACAUUUAUGGCAGAGAGAAGAGAAGAAGAACUCUUUAGAUACGGUGAAGAUGAUGGGGUCAAGAAGAGUACUCCAGAGAAGAAUCGGAAAGAAAUGUCGGAGCAGACAUUGCAGAAGGUCAUUGAAUUGGAAAAUCGGCUAAAAUCUUUUGAGAAAAGGUCAAGAAAAUUAAAAGAAGGGAAUAAAAAAUUAAUAAAAGAAAAUGAUUUCCUGAAAUCCCUUGUGAAACAGCAGCAAGAAGACGCAAAGACCAGAGAAAAAGAGGUGGAACAACUGCAAAAGGGAAGUAAAGAUGUAGAAAAAGACAAAGCUGAACUUCAAGUAAAACUCAGUGAGCUGGAGAUAGAAGUCACUUCCCUAAGGAGACAAGUGGCAGAAGCUAAUGAGUUGAGAAAUGAAAAUGAAGAGCUGAUGAAUUCAGUAGAGAAAUUACAGCGUUCAGCAGACAAAGCUAAAUCUGAGAUGGCCACCACGGAAGUGAGAUCUGGAUCUAGACAAUCUGAUUGUAAGGCAACCACUACCAAGGUUAAAUUUAAAGCGGCCAAGAAAAAGCGCACCGUGGGUCGUUACCACACUGUUCUCAAUCACUCCAUCAAGGUCAUGAGCAAUGUGUUUGAGAACCUCAGCAAGGACGACUGGGAGGAUGUGUGCGAAAGCAGUGAUUCUGAAGCACAGACCGUACAAAAUUUGGGGAAAAUUAUUGUAGAAACAUCCCAGAAAAUAAGUCCUACAGAGGAUAGAGGAGACCAGAAAGAAAGCCAAACAGAAGACAGCCAAAUGCAAGGCAAAGAAAUAGUACAAAUACAUCCAAAUGUAGAUGGAAAGACUCCAAAGAAUUAUUUUCACAAGAAUGCCAAAAAACCAACUUUUCAAAAGAAGAAUAGUAAUAUUCAAAAGAGUUCACAUACGACAGGUCCUACCAGAGUUAACAGAGAAAACUGGAAAAAUAUAACGGCCCAGAAGUCAAGUAACAGUAUUAUUUUAUUACGAGAACGUAUAGUAUCCUUGCAACAACAGAACAGUGUACUUUUGAAUGCCAAAAAAGCAGCAGAACUGUCUAUUAAAGAAUAUAAAGAAGUCAAUGAAAAGCUCCUUCACCAGCAGCAAGUGUCUGAUCAGCGGUUUCAAACAAGCAGACAGACAAUAAAGAAGCUAAAUUCGGAUUUGGCUGAGCUUCGGAAAGAAAAAGAAGAUUUACUAAAGAAAUUGGAGCCUUCAUCCGAAAUCACAAGUUUGGCUGAAGAAGUUGCCCAGGUAACAGUUCCACGGAUACAAGUUACAUCACUUGGCCCUUCAAGGAGCAUGGAUUUGGAAAUGAAGCAAUUGCAGUGUAAACUAAAGAAUGCAACUAAUGAACUCACUAAACAAUCAUCAAACUUGAAGUCUCUGAAAUUUGAACUCCUAGCAAAAGAAGAACACAUAAAGGAAAUGCAUGAAAAGAUGUCUCGAAUGGAGAGAGAUAUAACCAUGAAAAGACAUUUGAUAGAGGACUUGAAAUUUCGACAGAAAGUAAAUUUGGAAAGUAAUGAGAGUAUUAAUGGAAUGCUAGAAACUCUUGAAAAAAAGGUGAAGACAUUAACUGAAGAGUGUUCCAACAAGAAGGUAUCAAUCGAUUCACUAAAGCAAAGACUUAGUGUCGCUGUAAAAGAGAAGUCACAGUAUGAACAGAUGUAUCAGAGAACUAAAGAGGAGUUAGAAAAAAAGGAUCUCAAGCUUACUUUCCUCAUAUCAAAAAUAAAUGAGACUGAAUCUGCUAUGGCAGAAAUUGAAACAGCAGCAUCUAAGCAUCUUCAAGGAUUAGCAAUGCAAAGUGAGCAGGCCCUAGAAGGUGCACAGAAGAAAUUGCUGCUAGCCAAUGAGAAAGUGGAAGAGUUCACCAUAUUUGUGAAGGCUUUGGUCAGAGAGUUACAAAAUGAUGUCCAUUCAAUAAGGCGACAAAUCAGAGAACUUAAAAAGGUGCAGAAAAACAGGGAUGCUUGUAAAACCUCAACCCAUAAAGCCCAGACCUUGGCAGCAUCUAUCCUGAACAUUUCACGGUCAGAUCUAGAGGAAAUAUUGGACACAGAAGAUGAAGAAGAAAUCGAAAGGACAAAGAUCGAUGCUGAAAAUGACAAGGAAUGGCUGUUGUACAUUCAGAAACUUCUUGAAGGACAGCUUCCUUUGGCCACAUAUUUACUAGAAGCAGUACUGGAGAAAAUAAAUGAAAAAAAGAAACUAGUUGAAGAAUAUUUUGCAAUUUUGAAAGAUAUUAGAUGAUAUUAUGAUUAAGAACAUUUUUUCAAACGUGAAAACUUUAUGUGGUGUGAUCGGAAAACAUGCAUCACAGUCCUGAUAACAGUAUCUGCUCCAACUAUCAAUAGUCAGGGUCAAUACCAAAAUAGAAGUCUGUGAAACCAAUUAAUUGCUGCACAAGUGAAACUAAUUAAGUGCACAGCCAUUUAGAAGGAAAUAGUGUAGCAUUUGAUUGUUGAAUACAAAUAUUGCCACAAAUCAAUGCAAACUUGAAAAUGAUAUUCUUUCCAGUACAUUAGAAGGAAUUAGAACAAGCUUGGCAUACACAAAUUGGUCUGAAUAUCAAAAGAAAAAAAUGUGAACUGAGGAUUUAAUGUUCUGAGUUUUAUAAAGAAACUACACUUUUUAUGUAAACCUGCUAUAAAUGGCCUUAAAUCACCUGAUAAGCAACACAUUUGUAUUGUAAGCAAAUAUAAAGUAAAGCAUUAUCACUUAAGGAUGAGCAUUUAAUGAAAUAAAUGGUGUGGUCCAAUUGUAUCUAUUAUCAGUCUACUGGAUUAUAUAGGAGAUAUUGUAUUUUCCUAGAACAGUUCAGCAAAAAUAAAAACAU